CUAGACUAGAAGGUCUACGUAAAAAAAGUAUAGACAAGAUAUCACUACUAUCUAUGGUAGGUUGAACGUUGUAAUGGCGGAGGCAUUGUGAUUGUUUGUAGAAGGAAUUUGAGCUGCUGAUGUAAAAUAACCAAAAAGCAAACCUAGCAAUAAGUUCUUUAAAACUAUAAAGCGUGGUGAUUUUACUUAGAAAAAUGUCUGAUACAAGCGACCUAGACCGUCAAAUUGAACAGCUCAAAAGAUGCGAGAUUAUAAUGGAGGCCGAGGUUAAGGCUCUUUGUGCCAAGGCCCGCGAAAUUCUCGUCGAAGAGAGCAAUGUUCAGCGGGUAGAUUCUCCUGUCACGGUGUGUGGUGACAUUCAUGGUCAAUUCUAUGACCUGAAAGAACUGUUCAAAGUGGGUGGAGAUGUUCCUGAGACCAACUAUUUAUUUAUGGGUGAUUUUGUAGAUCGAGGAUUCUAUUCUGUGGAGACAUUCUUAUUACUACUGGCUUUGAAAGUCCGUUACCCAGACCGCAUCACACUUAUCAGAGGCAACCAUGAGUCAAGGCAGAUCACUCAGGUGUAUGGCUUCUAUGAUGAAUGUCUUAGGAAAUAUGGAUCAAUUACUGUGUGGAGGUAUUGCACUGAGAUAUUUGACUACCUCUCACUGUCUGCCAUCAUUGAUGGGAGGAUAUUCUGUGUGCAUGGUGGGUUGAGCCCUUCAAUACAGACCCUUGACCAAAUUCGCACUAUUGAUCGCAAACAAGAGGUGCCCCAUGAUGGACCAAUGUGUGAUCUCCUGUGGAGUGAUCCUGAAGACACCCAAGGUUGGGGUGUAUCUCCUCGCGGUGCGGGCUACCUGUUUGGGUCAGAUGUAGUAGCUCAGUUUAACGUAUCCAAUGACAUUGAUAUGAUCUGCCGUGCACAUCAACUUGUAAUGGAAGGCUACAAGUGGCACUUCAAUGAGACUGUGCUUACUGUCUGGUCCGCUCCCAACUAUUGCUACAGGUGUGGAAAUGUGGCAGCAAUAUUAGAAUUGAACGAAAAUCUUCAGCGAGAGUUUACGAUAUUCGAGGCCGCGCCUCAGGAGUCUCGAGGCGUGCCCUCGAAGAAGCCGCAAGCCGACUACUUCUUAUAAUGUUGCGUACAAUAGACAAUUGACACAUAAGCGAGCGACCCAUCUAGUAUUACGUACGGUUUUAUUGUAGUGACAAAACAUUUCAUGUGGAAAUAAUUUAAUUGUGAUCUUAAGACUGGUGUUGAAUUGUAAGUUGAAUGUGUUUAUUUUAAGUCAUUGAAUAUGUGUCUAACAUUUGCUGGCUUCCCGUUCUCAUCGCGUGUUGGCAGCGCUCUCGGAUCUCCCAACUGCACCCAAGUAUUUGGUAUAGUCAUGGGACAGUACACACUUUUCUACCGAUAUACCAAAAACUUCCAUGUAAGUGAUGUGGCGUUUUGAAGAUAUUUGGACUUAGAAUCAAUAGUUUAGUACAAACUUUCGCGUUCCACCACAGAAUGUAAGUUAAGUUAAAUCCUCUCAGGCAAAUAAUUUAUAAUGUAAUCUUGACUUAGUGUAAUGAAUCCCUUUUGUUACUUACAGGCAUUUCUUUUGAUUGUUAGUCCCUUGCUUAACUAGGUGGCAUUCUACCAUUUUAAAUGUAUGCCAUUGAUUAAGUUAGUAUUGUAUCAUUAUUAGGUGACCAGUUGAUAAAUCUUUAUUACAUUUAUGUGUAUUUAGUAUGCAAUAAUGUGACGAACAAUGAGUAUGAUAAGCAGAGUGUUCAUUUAUAAAAAAGCCGUGCUAAACUGCUGAAACUUAGUAAAAUAUUAAUUCCGAAAACUUAUCAGUGUGUUUAGGUCAGAUAUGUUAUACAUUUAUAUAUUUACCAAUCCUAGAUAUAUUUAUGGAACUUAAAAGCAAUUAAGAGUACCUGUAGACCUCCAGUGUUUACUACCGCGCAUUUUCACGUUAGAUCAGGCUCAUGAAAUGUGAUUUGUGAUGUCAUGAACACUGCCGUUAACUAUUAUGUAAUGUUUAAGGAGAUUAUAAAAUAUACUUAAAGUACACCAGAGAUACACACAUUCGUAAAGUAGGCAUAUUGUUAAUGAUCUUUUCAUAUUGAUAUAGAGAGUAGUGCAAAAUACAAUUUUUUAAUCGCAUAACAACAGACAUGUUACAUUAAUAAAAUAAUUUUUGGUACUUGUAGACAAAUUUAAAGUUCUAGAAUACUAUUUAUAGCUGUUAAUGAAGCAUAUUUUUCAUACAUUUCAAUCAAUUUCUUGUUAAUUAUAAUACCAUUAUCGCAUUUUGCAGGAAAUACCAUAUUUUUAGUAUUCAAUUCACUAGUACUUGUAGAUGUGAAGACAAGACAAAUUACAUUUUUGUGAUCAUUGUUACAUGGUUCAAUUAAUCAAAGAAUGAUUUAAAUGAAGAAAAGUAUUUUGUGAACAACUCUGAUUAAAUAGGCUGUACAAAGUGUAUAAAGCUAUGUGUGGACUGAGCAUUCCAAUGUUCGCGUAACCUAUUGAAUAUGUGCACAAGAGGUUAUCUGAUUAUUACCUUAGAUACUUUACUUUGCAUUCAUUCAUUUUAAUUGAUUUUUAACUAAUAUUAUCAAUGUACCAAUAUAAUGUUUCAGUGCGGUAUAACCUACAUUGGAAUGCUCAGACUUUCCAAGGCUUUAGAAUUAUUCUAAAAAAGUAACUAAAUUGUGAUCUCAAUUGUGUUGUUCAUAUUUUGUCAUUUGAAUUUACGACUGAAAACUGAAACACAACCAAAUGACUGGAUUAUAUAAAUAUAAAAAAAAAAUCGUGUUUAAUUAUUCAUCUCAAAAAUGCUCACAACCAAAUCGUUUUCUUUGUCUUAUUGUUGAAAAAGUGAAUUUUAUAUUAUUACUUAUUCAUCAAAUACAGUCAUAAGCAAAUGACAGAAGCAAAACCCUUUUAUCUUACCUAUUAUUAUUUGGGCUGUGUAACAAUCAAUAAGUUCCCCCUAAUAUUUAUUAUUAAUCCUAAUGAAUACCAAUUGUAAAUGAUUUGCUUAAAAUGUUGUUUGUAUAUUCUAUAACCACUUUUGUAUCCCUACUUCUUUUAUACUAUUAAUUAUUAAAAUGAAAUGCCAUCAUACUGCUGAAUUUUAUUUAUUGAAAACAAUGUCAUUAAAAUAUGAACAAUCUAUAAAAAUAAAAUUUAUCUGAGGUAGCAAAUAUGAUAUCACAACAACACAAAAAAUAUAUGUAAUCAAACUAUAUCAGGUACUAAAACAUCAACUGAGGUUAUUUUUUAUAGAAUUACAUAAUUCAGGUAAAAUAUCACCACAUUUGGUAGAUACUUUGAUCUGUAUAAUAUCAUCAGCUCUAGUGGGACCUAUAUUUAGCAAAGCAAUGUUCUUAUGUUCAUCUCUGGCUUGUAAAAUUAUUCUAUAACUAGAAUAAACUGUUAAGCUAGAUCCUAAAACAAACACUGCAUCACUGGAGGACACGGCAUUCCUCACUUGGUCUACUCUGUGUUUUGGAACAUUGUCUCCAAAGAACACAAUGUCUGGCUUCAGAGGGCCUUCACAUUUUGGGCAGAGUGGAGAUCUAAAUUUAUCAACUU